AUGUCUUCCCGCGCCUCUGUCAAGUCUCCUACCCCCGGAUCCUCAUCCACCUCUGGAGGAAAAGCUCCUCAGAGCCUGGCCCAGGAAGUCGAGGACCAGAAAAUGAAGGACGACUCAGACAGCGAGGACGACACCGAAGAACUCAAACGACAGCUCGACAAAACCACCAAGGACUUCAAGGAGAUGCGCGACAUGUUCAACCAAAACGCCACUGCUCUCAAGGAACUUCAGGAGCAAGCGCGCAAGACUCAGGAACUUGAGAAGGAAGUCAACACCCUUCGAGCUGCCGCCAACGUGAUUUCCGCCCCGGUCGAAGGACGCGAACGCCUCAAGCUCAACACCCCCUCUACCUUCGACGGGACCCCAGGACAACUUAAAGGACACUUAGUUCAGGUACGGACCUACCAAGCCUUCCAUAUCAACACUUUCCAGAACGACACCGAACGCGUGGUGCACGCGGCCACUUUCCUACAAGGAAGAGCCCUCGCCUGGUUCGAGCCCCUGCAACAAGAAUGGCUCGACAACCCGGUCGAAAAAUAUAGCGAAGAGGUGAAAAGCAUCUUCUUCAGCUUCGCAGGCUAUGUUAAAGCCCUGGAAUCCCUCUUCCUCGACCCCGAUAAGCGAAGGCAGGCCGAGCGAGACCUAUCACACCUGCGACAAACUAAGUCAGCCACGCUCUACGCCGCCGAGUUCAGACGAUUAGCUGCAAGACUCCACAUAACCGACGAAAGCAAGGUCUUCGCCUUCUACCAAGGACUCAAAGAUAACGUUAAGGACGAAAUAGCCAAGUUAGAGACACCCCCUAGUUUCCUCGCCUACGUCGAACAUGCUAUCAAGAUCGACAACCGCCUCUACGAACGACGAAAGGAACGAGGAGAGAAAAGACAAAACCCGAACUCAGGACGCAAGUACCAAUGGCAGCCUCAGCACAAGUUCAACAACCAGCGGAACGACAACAGACCCCGCAACAACUGGAACAACACCCGACAAAGCACUUCCUAUGGACAACACAGCGGACCCAUGGACCUCAGUGCCGCUACCAAGAGCAACGACAAGAAACCUUAG